UGCAGGUCUUCAUCGAACCCUGUAGCAGUUAGCAUGUCCGUCUAACAAGAUCUGACGACAAAGAGGAGCUCCACCGCCGGAUAGAACUACUGAGUGUGAUUCUAAUCCCAGAGAUAACGCCGCACAGAGCAGAUGCCCAGCAGCUGCUGGUCAGCAACAAAGACCCUCUCCAAGAGCAGCAGGAGUAGAGCUCCAGCCUGGACUAGGAGGACACUGGUCCCCCACACAUUAAAGAGGAACUGUGGAGCAGCUUCUAACAAGACCAUGUUUUCCUUCAGUUCAGUUUCUUUGAAGAGUGAAGAUGAUGAAGAGUUCUCACAGGGUCAUGAAACACAAAGUGAACAGAAGGAAACAGGUGCUGAUGAAGAGGGCUGUGGGGGAGCAGAACCAGCCAGGAACUCAGAUCCAGAGACACAUUUCCAACCAGACACUGAGGACAAGACUGAAGAGUCUUCUGGAGCUGAGACUGAUGACAGUAAUGACUGGACGGAGACCAGACGACAUCAGUCAGUUUUAGAUUCUUUGAGAAGUAACGGCUUCUCCCAGAGUGCAGCAACAUAUGACUUCAAGAGGAAUCAAGAUUUAUGCUCUGACCUUGACCAAACCCUUUACCAUAAACUUCCAAAGAUUUGCAGAAAGAUUCACGUAGAAGAGAAAGACAGUGAAAGUUCAGGCCAACAAAUGAUAGUCCUAAAGGAGGUUCAUACAAGGUUAAAGCAGGAAGACUCAGAUCCUCCACUUAUUAAGGAAGAACAGGAGGAAGUUUGGAUAAGCCGGACUGAUAACACCAAUUUCCUUUUCAGUUCUUUCUCUGUGAAGAAUGAACAUGAUGAAGAAAAACAUUUACAACCAGAGACUGAGGUCAAGACCGAAGACUCUGCUGAAACUGAUGACAGUGUUGACAGCGAUUUCUGGAAAGAGACCAGAGAGCGCAGACCAAAUUCAACCGUUAUGGAAAAUAUUCAUGAUAAUAGGCCAAAGCCUGAGAUAAAGGCAUACUGCUGCUCUGAGUGUGGCAAAACAUUUACAACUAAACAGAAUCUGACCAUACAUUUUAGGGUUCACACAGGAGAGAAACCCUUCAGCUGCUCAGAGUGUGGAAAAAGUUUCAACCAAAAGUGUUAUUUGAAACUUCACUUGGCACAUCACAGAGGGGAGAAACCCUUCAGCUGCUCUGUUUGUGGCCGAGGAUUCUCUUGGUGUUACCAGUUAAAAAAACACAAGUGUGGUGAAGGACAGGUUUCGGAGCCUCAUCAGAAACAAACAGAGGGAAAAAAAGAGCAAGUGGAAACAGGAGCUAGUAGAGAGAACUGUGGGGGAGUCAGGGACCAAGACCCAGGGAGACGUUUACAACCAGAGUCUGAGGGGAGGACUGAAGACCACUCUGAGACUAAAAGUGAAAACAGUGAUGAUUUGAGCAAGACUAGAAAACAUCAGUUUGGUUUAAAUUCUGUGGGAAAUGUUAAUUACAAAAGACCAAAGACCUACAAGAAACCACACAGAUGCUCUGAGUGUGGCAAAGCAUUCAGACUAAAAACUGAUUUGAAUAGACAUACAAGAAUUCACACAGGAGUGAAACCAUUUAACUGCACUGUGUGCAGUAAAAGAUUCUACCUUAAAGGGCAUCUGAGGUCACACAUGCUAGUUCACACAGGAGAGAAACCCUAUGGCUGCUCUGUCUGUGGCAAGAGAUAUAACCACAAAUCAAGUCUGAGGCUUCAUAUGGUCCAUCACAGAGGGGAGAGACCAUUCAGCUGCUCUGUGUGCAAUAAAAGAUUCAACCAAAAAGGGCAUCUGAACUCACACAUGCUGGUUCACACAGAAGAAAAACCCUUUAGCUGCUCAGUGUGCAGUAAAAGAUUUAAUUAUAAGUCUGGUCUUAAGGCUCACAUGGCACACCACAGUACAGAGAAACCGUUUAGCUGCACUUUAUGCAGCAAAACAUUUUUUCAAAAAGGUCACCUCACCUCACAUAUGUAUGUUCACACAGGAGAGAAACCAUUUAGUUGCUCUUUUUGUAGUAGAAGAUUUAACCAUAAAGGAAAUCUGACCUCACAUAUGGCAGUUCACACAGGAGAGAAACCCUUCUGCUGCUCUUUCUGCAAUAAAAGAUUCUCCAAUAGUUCUUAUCGGUCUCUUCAUAUGGCUCAUCACAGAGGGGAGAAGCCCUUCAACUGCGGUAAAUGUGACCAAAGUUUUGCUUGGCGCUAUCAGUUAAGAAAACACAAAUGUCGGGCUUCAGAUCUUUAUAAAGCUCCAACUAAAGUGAAACAGGAAGCAGAAACAGAAGCAAAUGGAGAGGACUGUGGAGGACCAGACACAAUCAAGAACACAGAUCCAGAGAGAUAUUUAAAACCAAAGACUGACCUCAAGAUUGAAGAUUUUUCUUAACCUGAGACUGAUGACAGUGAUGACAAUUGGAAGGAGACAAGCUAUCAAGAGUUGGAUUCAAUCUUUAAAGAGAUACCUCAACAUUUUGGCAAAUUCGCCCAUUGCCAUAAUUCCUAUAGUCUUAGUAUUAGGUUAGUUUCCGUUAGUUAUUGGUGCAAGCUGUUUUUAGAUCUGGGGGGACUAAUAU